AUGGUUCGUUUGAAGAGCCGGUACGUUUUAUUUGAGGUUUUAUACCCAGAGGGAAGAACUCUCACAUCAGAAAACAAUGUAAAUAAUUUGUUCAAAAGAGAAGUUCUGUUGCGACACCAUCAAGUCACGCCGGCCCGUGUGACUGUAAAGACGAUUCUUCAAGAGCUUCGAAGAGUGAUACAGUUUAAUUUCGGUGAUUACGGAUCAGGAAAAGCCAAUUCUCUCCUACAAAUCAAGUACUUCUCCAAUCGCACCUCUACAGGAAUCAUAAGAUGUAGUCGAGAAGAUUACGAGAUCGUGGUUAUUGCUCUCACCCUCAUGAACAAGAUUGACGAGUUAGAAGGAGUUCUAUUAAACCCGAUUAAAGUUAGUGGCACUAUAAAACGAAUCGAACAAUACGCUGUAAAAAGAAGCGCGCGUCUAUUAAAUGUCAUACAGGGGCAAAGUGAAAUUGACAAGUUUGAUUAUAUAAGUUAUGACGAAAAUGAGGAUUAG